AUGAUCACUGCAGUUGCGGCCAUACUUCAGGACCAGAUUUUUGUCGAUACGGAGAAGCGUCUCGUCGAGGAACGGCCAGAAUGGAGAGUUUUCGAUGAAGCAGCAUACUGUGACAGCAACGCCAGCGAGACGGCGUUGAGGACCUCUGUUGCCCAGCAUCAGGGCGAACCAUGCCCGACUGUUGAGGAGAUUCGAGACUUCAUAGGCGUGCUGUACGACGCAGCGGAAUACUCGCCAGAAUGCAAUGUCCUCGCCCUCCUGUUCAUAAACCGCCUGAUAGCUUUCUCCGGAAUACCCCUUCGCGCAUCCAACUGGAGGCCUCUCGUAUUUACAGCUCUGAUAGUCGCUCAGAAAGUGUGGGACGACCAGGUGCUGACGAACGCGUCAUUCGCGUGUCUGUAUCCGUUUUUUACCGUUGAAGAAGUGAACAAAAUGGAGGCAGCGUUCCUUUCAUUGCUUCAUUUCGAGGUCGUCGUCAAACCGUCAACAUACGCGAAGUAUUACUUUGAGCUACGCUCAAUGCUACAGGAUCCCUCCUCCCAGGAACCGGCUUUACCUCCGAUAUCAGCUUCUGUUAAACAGCAACUUGAAGCAAAGUCUGCCCGUUUUCAGCGAGCAGCAUGUAGCAAGUUCACAGAUUGGAAGGCUGAGACUAUGUCCUAA